GGUAGAGUGCAAUGCGAGCAGCAGGCAGGUAGGCACGCGAAACGAGGGAGAUGCUGCGCCCUGCGCCGUUGGGAUCGUUGACGAGGGCGUGCUGGAAGAUGUGCGCCACGAUCUCGGGAGGCAGUGUGCGCGGCAUGACGGAGGCGAGAGGAGGUAGUGGUGAGAAGGGUCGUCAGGGCGAAUCCGUCGAGGAGCGCGGGGCACAGCGGAGCACGGGGCGGCGAGGGAUCAGAGGACCGAGCGUGUGAUGCGAGCCAGCUCGCAGAGCAGACGGAGAGUGGCAGAGAGUGUGCGGGCGCCGACGAGUGCAGCGCGGUGGGUGUGCGGCGAGUUGGAAGAGGCACGAGACGCAGAGACGGACAGAACGAUCGAAGGCUGCGCGUUCCCGUCCUGCGUGCGUUGCCUUUUAGACGCCUGCCAUGCCGGUGGCGACUGCGUGGCUGCCGAUGAGGUCCGGAUCUCGUCGUGUGCGUCACCGUGGAUGAGGGUGCGAUGCGAGGCUGAGCGGCCUGUGCGCCCACGGCACAGAGGGCGUCGGCGUCGAGGCGGCCCGAGCGCGCCCGGUGUCGCGCGCUGCGGAGGACUAUUGGCCGCCGACAGCUUGCGGCCUCCCACGUGCAGCUGCAGUGGCCUGUUGUCAUGCGCAGACGUCCUCAUGUGCGAAGAAGUUCAAGCGGGCCGGACUUGCGUUGCGCUCGGGCGCACAUGGGAAGGCGGAGUCGGCCGGCUGCCGCUGCAGUCGGGACGACGGGCUGCGCAGGGCCAGCACGUGGCUGAUGGCGGCUGCCAGCGGAGGCUCGACGGGCAUGCGCAAGCGCAGCGAGGUCACAAGUCAUCUGCAAUUCCUUCUCCUGACGACUACUGUACAACACUGGACGCUCUCUAUGGGAUGUAGACUGAAGUGGCAGCAAACGCCGGGGAAACCUGG